AUGGAGGGAGCAGAGCUCUGUUUUCCACAACUUCUCAACAGCUCAUGUAGGAAGCCGAUGCUUCACUGGUCUGAAGCUGUGCUCCUGAACACUGCGCUUUCCUUCAUCUCUCUGAUCACUGUUAUUCUCAACCUGCUCGUCAUCAUUUCAGUCUCACAUUUCAGGCAGCUUCAGAAACCCACUAACAUCCUCCUCCUAUCUCUGGCUGUCUCAGAUUUUCUUGUUGGCUUCUUGUUAAUACCACUUGAAAUUUUUAGAAGCACAGCAUGUUGGUUAUUAGGAGAUAGUUUAUGUACCUUUUGUUCUUAUAUUGCCUGUGUUGUUCUCAGUGCUUCAAUUGGAAAUGUUGUUCUUAUUUCAAUUGACCGGUAUGUGGCAAUUUGUAAACCUCUGCAUUAUCCCAUCAGAAUCACUGUGGCAAGAGUAAAAUUUUGUGUUUGUCUGUGUUGGCUACUGUCUGUUGUCUACAUAAUUUUAUUUUUGAGAAAUGAGUUUAUUCAAUCAGGCAAAAGUAAUUCCUGCAUUGGUGAAUGUGAACUUUCAAUUACCUUUACUACAGGAACUGUUGAUCUGUUUAUAAGCUUCUUAUUUCCAGUUGCAAUUAUCAUUGUUCUUUAUAUGAGAGUAUUUAUGGUGGCUGUGGCUCAGGCUCGUGCCAUGAACGCUUCUGUUACAGCUGUCACACUUCAGCAUUCAGUGAACCUAAAACCUAAAAAGUCUGAGUUGAAAGCAGCCAGGACGCUUGGUGUUCUUGUCAUUGUAUUUCUAAUAUGUUGGUGUCCAUAUUACAGUUAUUCUGUCAUCAGUGGCGAUUUACCCAGUACAUCGUAUGCAUCCUUUUUAUUCUUUCUUUUUUACUUCAACUCUUGUCUUAACCCUGUGAUCUAUGCUCUGUUUUACCCCUGGUUCAGAAAAGCUGUUAAACUCAUUGCCACCUUACAGAUACUGCACCCUGCAGGCCAACAUUUUGUAGAGAUACAGCGGACAAACUGA